GGAGUAGAAAAAAGAUGUUAAGACAGAGACAGGUAAAACCCCACCCACACACCACUCCAAGUCCACAUCUACAUCAUCCCCUCUGAUAUGAGAAGAGCCCAAAAGCUUGAAAAUUCUUCUUCUUCUUCUUCCACCCGACCAUCACUCUUUCACGGCGUCUCCUCUUCUUCUUCUUCUCUAAUCAGGGUUUCCCCUAGCUAUCUGAUGGAUGAUGGUGGACAUCGUGAAAAUGGAAGACUCAAAGCAGAACAGUAUAAAGCAGCUCAGGGUCAGUGGUUGAUGCAACAUCAACCGCAUCAACCAUCCAUGAAACAGAUAAUGGCCUUAAUGGCCGAGAGAGAUGCAGCCAUUCAAGAAAGAAAUCUGGCCUUCUCUGAGAAAAAGGCUGCCCUUGCAGAGCGAGACAUGGCAUUUCUGCAGCGAGAUGCAGCAAUUGCGGAACGAAAUAAUGCCAUAAUGGAACGAGACAAUGCCAUUGCAACACUUCAGUACCGAGAAAACUCCUCCUUAACUAGUGGCAAUUUGUCUUCAUGUCCACCAGGAUGCCAAAUUUCACGUGGGAUCAAACAUAUGCACAACCCGCAGCAGCAUGUACAUCAUCUACCCCACAUGAAUGAAGCUUCUUAUGGUACAAGGGAGAUGCACACAAACGAUUCCUUGCCACUACCACCAGAUCCUCCCCCGGCUCCCAAGUCUAGGCAGACCAAACGACCAAAGGAGCCCAAGACGAUUCCCCCAAUCAAAAAACCGGCAAAAUCUCCAAGGAAGGUCAAGAGGGAGAGCGAGGACUUAAACAAGAUGACGUUUGAUAGAUUGCAUGAGUGGAAGGGAGGUCAGGAAAUGUGCGUUGGUGCUGAAGAUCUUAACAAACAGUUAGGUGUGUCAAAGUCUGAUUGGAAAUGCCAGGACCUGGGGUUGAACCAGGUUGCAUACGAUGACUCGACCAUGCCAGCACCGGUGUGCUCCUGCACUGGUGUUUUGAGGCAGUGCUACAAGUGGGGAAAUGGGGGUUGGCAAUCCUCGUGUUGCACUACUACGAUGUCAAUAUACCCAUUACCGGCAGUGCCCAAUAAAAGACAUGCAAGAGUAGGUGGCCGUAAGAUGAGUGGCAGUGCUUUCAACAAGCUACUUAGUCGACUGGCAGCUGAAGGCCAUGAUCUGUCGAACCCAGUUGAUCUCAAGGACAACUGGGCCAAGCAUGGAACAAAUCGCUACAUUACGAUCAAGUAGACUUGGGAGCAGUUUUAAACUGGGUAGAGGGUACAGACAGGUAGGAGGAGAAGGGCACAUAGGUGUUCAUGUAAUUCUAAAUUUGUUUUCAGCUUGGUUGCUGGGGCAAUAAGGAAUUGAUAAUAGGCGGUUGAAGUUGGGUUUGAGGAAUUCCAAUGUUAUCAUAAUGUAAGUUCCAAUGCCGCUAUAAACCAGCUGCGUUCUUGCCACUGUAUCUGGUACAUUGUAGAUGCUUACUGUCAAUUCCAUCAGGAAGGAUUCAGAUCAUCUCAGGCUAGAGAACUGUGUUUGUAUCGGUAACAUAAUCUAAAAAUGUAUUCCCAUAAUUUCAGUAGUAUAAAUUUUUUCAUCUUAGUCC